UCAGCAUUGCGCUCGUUUCUUUAUGGCAUUAUAAUGCCUUCAUACCUUCAUAGGCAGGCUUAUUAAAAUAAUGGGCGGGAAACUAUAGAGAUCCGAUCACAUUAUCCAGAUGUAGAAGCCACUUGUUGACAAGUGUAAACGCGCUGUGUCCUGAUUGUCUGAAGAUCCGAUCUGCUUGUUCGGAUCACCGAGAUCGCAUGUUAAUGCCAAGUGUAAACGCACCCAAUGUCACAGUGCGUGUGUUUAACUCCAAUCAACUUCUACAAAAUACAUAUAGUAUAUAGUAGGGCUGUGCGAUUUGGGGAAAAUAUCUAAUUGCGAUUUUUUUGACAGACAUUGCGAUUGCGAUUUGAUUUGCGAUUUUAACUUUUCUAAUUCAAGCUUCAGCUCAAUAUGUGACCCUAGAUCACAAAACCAGUCUUAAGUAGCACAGGAACAUUUUUAGUAAAAGACAAAAAUACAUUGUGUGGGUCAAAAUUAUCGAUUUUUCUUUUAUGACAAAAAUCAUUAGGAUAUUGAGUAAAGAUCCAUGAAGAUAUUUUGUAAAUUUCCUACCUUAAAUAUAUAAAAACUUGAUUUUUGUGAGUGGAUGAUCUGCCACAGUGCCCCUGAUUAACAACUUCAAAGGCAAUUUUUUCAAUAUUUUGUUUUUUUUUCGCUCUCAGAUUCCUGAGUUUUAAACGGCUGUAUCUCAGCCAGAUAUUGUCCUAUUUUAACAACUCAUAUAUCUAUAGAAAGUUUAUUCAGCUUUCAGAUUAUGUAACAAUCUCAAUUUCGAAAAAUUGACCCAUAAGACUGGUUUUGUUGUCCAGGGUCACAUAUUGUUGUGUGGAGCACAAUAUGGGUAUAGUUACCCUGCUGAAAGAAAACAACAACAAAAAACAUUACAGAAAUUCUAAUUGUUUCCAUUAAAACCAUUACAAAAUUCAUUUUUUGUAGUGUGUUUUUGGGCAUUAUUCAAAUAUUGGUUCCCAACUUCCAGAUUACAUCACACCAAUAGAAUCCAAAUACCAGUGUACACUAUUAUAGUUUCCAUUAAAACAAAUACAACUCCCAUUGUAACCCUUAAAUCCAUAACAUUUUCUAUUGUGUUAGUGCAUUAUUAAAAUAGUUCAUAGGUUACAUAGGCUGAUUUAUAAUUUUUUAAGUAUGUGGGAUUUUUUAAAACAAGUUGAAAAUGUGCUGAAUGUUUAAUUUCAUCCAAGUGAAAUUAGCAAAACAGUUAGAUAGAAUUUACAUUUGUUUGAAACGCGGAGAUAGGCGUGAGUUGACACAGGGUGCGCGCGUGCGUCAAUCCUCGUCCAUAUUGCCAGAUGCCCGUGUGGAGCCGGACUCAAGUACUAUAAACGUCAUUACGAAACAGUGUGCGCAAACAGUGUGUGCGCAUCAAGUUUAAACGGCUCGUCCGCGAGUAUGACACAGGCUGUGUGUGCGGUCUUCUGAAUUGGACGGUUCUUUAGUAUUUAUUUGCCUAAUAUGAUCGAUCUGACUCUGCAGAUGCCGUAAUAACACACUCUCUCACUCCUGCCUUCUGUUUUUUUUUUUUUUUUUAAUGACGGACGUUUACGCAGUUGGCUAGGGCAGUGCUGAUAGGCAUAACAGAGGUGUUCUAACUCAGUUGGUUAGCAAGAAUGCCACUCAAAUCCUGAAGGUCCCGUCUAAUAAAAUUCCCUUGAAUUGAAGUAUUUGCAUUUGUAUGUUUUUUCACCGUAAUGAUUCUCUUAACAGAGGGCAGAGUUGAAUUUAAACAGCCGUCUCAGCUAGCCGUGUGUCACGACCGCUUGAUUCAGGAUGUCAUUGUAGGAGAGGAUCUUUGUAGGUCCCUGAGUCUCUCGUACCUGCAUCCUGCGCUACAGUCAAGCCUUUCCGGCUCUCUCCUGACUGCGCUGGGCGUCCAUCGCCUCAGAACCUCAGAAAUCCUAACGGUCACCUGCGCAAUGGCCAAAGAUCUAGUGCAACAUGGCCAUCUUAAAUCAGAACAAGACCUAAAGAAGCUCGCCAAACUGUUAGUGUGUAACUUCCGUGCGCUGGAUAUGGAGUAUGGCGAUAUGGAGGCCCUUCUCCAGUCUCUCAAAGAUGUUCCCAUGAUCCCUCUGGCCAACGGCAGUGUGGUUUCUUUAAAUUCGGAGGGCGUUUUUUUCCCUCUCAGUGAUGUGACGCAAGCUCAAACAGAUCUGAAGGCUCUGUACCAGGAUUUGAGUAUCGUGGAGCCACAGCUGCUGGUUAUUCUGGAUGAACUGGGGAACUCACAGGUGCGGGAGCUGCUCCGAAGACUCAACAUCCAUGAACUUGAGCCCCAAGAGGUUCUACACAAGCAUAUCUACCCCAUGCUGAGGAGCAAGUCCUGGGAGAAAAAGCCCAAGAACAUUAUCGUCAGCUACCUGGUGUUUAUCAAACUACACACUCAGGAUCAGGAUUACAGGACACUCGGCACAGCCAUCCCUGUGUUGACCAACAGGGGCUUCCUCUGCCCCUCCGAAAGCAAGAUUCAGUUUUCAAAAGAAUAUGGAAACAUCGACCUUCCCAACAAGCUCCCUGGUGUGGACUGGGUCUUGCUGGACCCCUGCUAUCUGCGGGCAGACAGAGAUGUGGACGGUUGGAGAGAACUCCUCAGCAAUCUGGGAGUGAGAGACCUUCUUAUGUUUAGGAAGGAGAAGCGGACCCUCACGGGAUCUGAACUGGCGUCCAGUUCAUGGGCACUGGAGAGUAAAGUGUGGUCUAAGCCUGCAGAUGGGGUGUAUAUCAUUGAAGAUCAGCACUGUGCAGAGUUUCAUACCUUGCUUACUGCUGACCACCUCUCAGCUCACGACAAACUACAGCAAAGACAAGCCCUUAUAAAACUGUUGGAUGAAAACUGGGAUGCAGGAGAGAAGUACUCACAGUACCUCAGAGUGCAGGUCUCUGACAGCCAGGGACGUUUUAUCAGAAAUGCAAAUUCCUCUUUUAACCACAAUCUCACCCAGCUGCUCUGGGUACCAACACGCAGGCCACCGUGGGGAGACGGACAGCACGUAAACUACCUACAGACGAAAUCUGUCUACAUCUACUCUACUGAUGUAUAUCGACUACUUGGAUCCCACGUUGACUAUGUCCACAUGGAACCCAGUGAAUUCACCAGAGCCAUAGGAAUGAGACACACUGUGCAGGUGGAUGACAUUAUCGGCUAUCUGAAGUGUUGGUGCACUAAGGUUUCAGAGGAUCUCUCAGUGGAGCCUGAAGGAGCAGACUUCACCACAACCGUCGAGCACAUGCACAAAGUGUAUCUUUACCUGAGUGCCCAGUGUUCUAUCGUCAAGUUUAGAGACCUGUUUCAACACUCACCUGCUGUCUUCAUUGAGUAUAACAGAAAGGAGGAAUGGUGCUCUGGACGGUUCUACCAUCUGAAAGAGGUUUGCUGGAAUGAUCCGACAGGCAUGUUUCAAAGGUACAAGGAGCUGAUUCGAAAGCCUGACAGCGGGAUACAGGAGCCUAAACUACUGGCACCAUUUUACACUGGCUUGCAUGAAAUGAAGAGAAUGUUUAAUUCUCUCAAUGUGGAGCUCAAUCCAUCUAUGAAGCAGUAUGUUGCCCUUUUGGAAGGUGUUUGUGAGUCAUCACCUCUUGCUACAGUGGAUGUUGUCCAAGACGUUUCUGUCAUCUUUGCCAAACUAGCUGAUAAAUGUAAAAUGCAUGUUCAUGGAGAACAAGAUCAAGAUCCUCAACUUAACCCCAACUAUUGCUGCUCUCUCAAAGAAAUUAUUUCUCACAAAAGAGUGUUCCCCACCAAGAGUAACGCCUGGGUGACGUUAGCACACAAGCCCAUGAUAGCGGACAGCCCGCACUUGGAGAAAAUCUUCAAAUCGCAUCGUGAGAUUUGUCUGCUCAACCUACCAUCUGCCAUGAAGAGAGCAGCCAACAAAUACAAACAUCAAGGUAAAUUGCAUGAGAAGGAGGCUUUCAGCGAAGCAGACCGAGAGUUGUUCCUGGAGAUCUGCGGGGUGAAAAGACUCUCCCAGUGUGUGUCCACUGAACCACAGACUGAGAGCUACAGGCCUUGCCCUUCUGUGCAGACCCUGGUGCGACAGAUCGUCCCUUACAUCCAGAGGUUCAUUUACCACCAUGGGGAUUUCGAAGACAUUUACAGUGAGCUGAAGGAUGCCGGGAUUGCUAAACAGAUUAACUUGCUGAGUUUUGGACAGGUGGGCAUGUUGUAUAUUCAUUAUCGGCUUGAGGUGUCCGAGGGAGACCCAGUCUUUGAGAGUGAAGAUAUAAUAUGUUUUCUAGAAGAUAAAAAAGCGCUAUACAUCCACAAAGAUCAUCUCUCAGCCAAACUGGACAUCUGCAGAGAGCUGGUGAAAUUGUUCACCACAGAAAAGACUCUUGGGAAAGUGCUGGAAAGCUUUUUGCUGGGCCUUGUUCCCUGGAUAAAUGUGAGUACAGAGAUCAGAGCAUCCUUGUAAAAACACGUCAUUCAAAUGAUGUGUUCUUUCAUAGAGGAGCCUGUAAUUGCUUGUUUUUCUGGCAAAUGACGGUGAUGAAAGCUCCCGCACAGAGGAGAUGGUAUCCUAUUGGAAAACAAAAAAUGUCGCAUUCGUAACCAGAACUUAUCACACGACUGCGUCACUUGCCGGAAAAACAAGCCUCAGGUUCACACACAGCCGAGGGAUAACGCAAGUUAGACAUUACCGUUAAUAGCGUUGUCAAUAUGGAUAUUUCUCUCAAACAAAUGCAUCGAUUCACUUCAGAAGACCUAUGUUAAGACCAUGGAGCCGUGUCAAGCAGUUCUUUGAUCGAUGGAUGCACGUUUUGGAGCUUUAAAAAUGGCCCCCCAUUCACUCCCAUUCUAUCGCUUGGAAGAAAAAUGAUACGUGGUAUUAUAACUCCGACUGCUUUAUUCUUCAAGAAGAAAGUCAUAUUCAGUCAGGAGGCCUUGAGGGCGAGUAAAACUUGGGGAAAUUUUGUUUCUUGGCUGAAUGAUCCCUUUAACAAAACUUUUAAACCAUAUUCCUACAAGGUAACGCUGUCCUUGUUUUCAAGCAAAACACAUUUGUUCUUUAAGAUUCAGUGAUUUAAGUAUCUUA